GUCCUGUAAAUCCUGGAGGACCCUUGACGAGCAACGAGAUACGAGAAUUUCAGCUUUGUCGAUAUCCUCUUAAAACGGAUGGCUUUUUUUUCUGUCAUGAAUGUUUAUUUGACAUGGGAAUCAGCAUGUGUUGAAGAGGGUGGCGUUGAUUCACACCUACCGGUGGCGAUGGCACUGGCACAGGAAUCUAGACAUGAAGCUUCAACGUCGACGGACUCGGACUACGAUAUCGUGGCUAACAUUCCAGGUUCACUCACGGACUGUCCGUAAUAUUCUAUUGGAAGCUUGUUUCACUUCAUAUUCUUAUGCUGGAUAUGACUGGAUGAGAAGACUGGGAUGUUUCGAUAGCUCCAAGAACGACAAGAUCCAGACCGUUGAGAUGAGAUCUAUGAUACAAACAUGCUGUCUCCUCCGGUCUCAAGUGCAACCUUAAGAGAUGUAGGUAUGCAUCAGAACAAGUUAUUCAGCACAUCCUUCUGCGUGUGUGACCCUUUGAUGGCCUGAUUCCUCCCUUCGCUCGUCAUCCAGAUGGCCCUUUUGGGAGGGACAUGUAGCAAAUGAGAGGCCAAGCCAUCAAGGGGGACGUCAAAUAACCUAAAAGUCUAUUCUUCUAGCUUCGAGCAUACGCAGCUCAUAAAGAUACCUUUUUCCAGGUUCAUGGGCUGAGGCUUGAAGAACUGCGCAUUGAGGUUAGGCUGACCCCCGGUUCGCAACGUUCCGCGCCAGUUUACCGGUGAGGAUACUGUGAACUUGUGAAGUGGAUGCUGUGAUGGGAUGUUUCAGAUUGUCUAGAGUUGAUGAAUUCCACAACCCAUUGUUAUCCCACCCUCAGCCGUGUCUGCACCCAGAGUAGAGAGGUGUCUAGGCGGGUGGGCCAACAGACACACACGAUGAGGUUUGUUUCGGGUCCGAUAGUCAGUCACGUUGGCGGUUUUCGGGUUGAAUCUUCUGCCUAAGUCUAGGACCUCAAAGUGUAGGUCUGUAGGAUAUGGAUGGCUGUCUGGUGGUGUAGGCUAUGUAAGCAGAGGAGGCUGGUAUAUUAAAAGGCAGCCUUUUCCCACCUGAGACCUGUUGUCUGCUGUAUUGUAUGAUGGCUCUUCCAUUUACUUCCCUCCGACUCUUUACAUUCUUUGAUCCUUCUACGGGAGCGGUCACCUGAGAUAUAACGACCUCACAAGACUCAAGCAACAUAGCAUAGCAAAGUUAUAGGUCUUACUCGUCUUACACCAAAACAAGUAUCCCGAGAUAUCCGCAGCUGGAUCACUAUUUUCUCAUAUAAGCCAUCUGGAACAUUUCCGGAUAUAGAACUGCAGAGUGGGAGGUAUUUCCUUGGCUUACCCAAUAAACAAAAGUGGCCUCAUACAAGCAGAUCGCUAUUCGAUGCGAACGUCUGCAUUGCCUGCCGAGUACAGUAGUCUACAGUACUCGAGUGAGUGGUGCUACAGAAUAGGAAAGGACGGGGUAGUAUUUCUGGUUUACAGGGCAUAACGCAUCUAAACCAGGAUCAGGUCCUCGUUUGUCAGGUGCCUCUCUUUCGCCGCCAUUUAUUUCUCCUCAGCCCAGAAAGAAAACCUGAACUUGUUCAAUUCGUUAUCAACUCUUUUUAUCAUCUUGCGCCACUCUAGUUACGACUUACUCGCAAUUAUCUUACCGGUAGUGGAAACAUAUCCGCCGUCGCUGCCGGUUGCACCAUCAGAGUCCGGGCACGGCGACAUACCCCGUCCGUGAGGUACAAGCUUAAACAUAUUACCACCGCGGGAUAUCAAAGUCACUUUUGUCCGUUCACCCCUCCAUAUCCGUCGCUCGUUGCUCGCAAAGAACAGCCCAGGCCAGGCCAUUUCCAGACUCGCAGAGGCACAGACAGAACAGAAGAGACAGGACAGGAUUAUCAUAACGCCCCCACCAUUUCCCCAUCACUCGCAUUGCAUCAAUCGCGUCAGGUCUUCCAGGUUCUUUUACCGCGAGUUUACCUUAGUUAGCUACCUUACGCCUAACUUUACACUGCGACGCCUAAAGCAACGCCCACUUCGGCCACUCUCGCCCGCUUUCACCCACUACGGGCCAUCGUUUGCCGCCCGCUCCGCCGCUGGGCUUCACUCAACUCGCUACCAUUAUAGCACUCUCCUCCUUGGCUUUCCGGUUUCCAACUCUGGUUCUUCUAAACUCCCUCCACUUUCUUUUUAUCCUUCCUCCACCUUCCCUUGCUUCGAACCUUGGACUUCGGCCCGCCCCCCGAUUUCGCCCUCCAUCGCGAACUGCUUCAACCCGAUAGCCCUCCAACACAAAAGUAUCAUGCCUGAAUACCGCCACGCCAGGAGCGGUAGCCUCAGCGUUGCCAACGGCGGUUCACACUCUCAGGCGAGCGCUAUGGCGAAUACUCCCCGCUUCGAUGGACCCCGAAGUCCCCCGAGUACGUUAUGUUCACCCAUUGUUGCUUUGCUGCGUGGUUGUUCCAUGUUGCACACGACCCCCGCCAAACCUUGAAUACCAAAUGUCGUCCCUACUGACACGACUGAAUCAUAGAUACGUCCCACGUUCCUUGCAAGUUCUUCCGUCAAGGUGCCUGUCAGGCUGGUAAUGCCUGUCCUUUCAGUCAUGAUUUGAGCAACGCUGCUGAGAACGUCUGCAAAUACUUUGCAAAGGUGAGUGCGCCAUAUCAUGAUCGAUCGCCCGCUGCCAGCCGCAUCCACCCCUCAUCACGUCGCAACGUCUCCAAUCCACAGCAGCACUGACGAUCGUUUUUCAAUGACAGGGAAACUGCAAGUUUGGUCCGAAAUGCGCAAAUAUUCAUAUUCUCCCCGACGGUCGACGCAUCAACUACGGAAAGAAUGGCGUCACGAUAGGCAAUACUUCCGCCCUCGCGGGUCGAUCCAACCCCACCUCCGCAAGCAACAAUCAAUCCUCCACCAGCGCCCUCACCACCUCCCUCUACCGCGCUGACGUUCCAGCAUACGCUUCGGCAUAUCCUUACGAUGAACAAGAUCAACACACUCUCGGCCGACAGCCUAGCCUCGAGAAUGGUCUCCCAACCAUCGAUAUGUCCUAUACUGGAUCCAACUACGGUUCUCCCCGAGACGAAGAGUCCUUGCGCUUUGGUAUGGGACUUUCUCCUAUUAACAACAAGGGUCUCUCUGUCCUAGACGCUCCUCUCCCCGCCUCUUUCGAUUCCAAUGGCAUCUCCAACGCUGCUCGCUUCCCCGCUGGUCCAUGGCCAUCGUCCGUUCCCAACCAAUUUGGCAUCGAAUCGCCAACUCCUUCGCUCAGCAAUGCUAAGGACUCGCGUACGUCGGAGACACUCAAGCUUUUACACACUUCAGCAUUUGCCAACGGGGAGGAGUAUUUUGGCAGGCGAGCUAUGCACUCGUCCCGCUUUACCAAGCCCCGAAUGCUCAGUUCCAGCAUGCCUAAGACGUCUGUUGACCGAGACUGGGAGCCUGGUUUUGCCUUUGGCGACGAUGACGACAAUCUCCCCGAGAAUUAUGUACCCGAAAACCUUCAAGACCUCUUGACUCCAGUCGAAAAGGCUCGCCGUGGCUCUAUGCGAGCUGACAGCGAUGUUGAGGGCCUGAGCAAGUACGGCAGUCCCAUUGGAACCAGCCCUAGCCGAUGGGGCCCUAUGUUCCAGCGACAGAAGGAAGAGGAGGAAACCUCUCGAUCUCUCCGAGGUGCUUCUGCUUUUGGUCACGUUGGAAGCCCACUCCGGAACUCUGUUCUUUCACAAGAGAUGGGAGGCACAAACGGCUUCGUCCGUCCAUCUUCCUUGCGAUCUGGCAGUGACGGCAUGUCCAUGCUUUCUCAGCAACUUCAGCGAAGCCGUCUUGAUGACACUGCAGGCAAUUCUAGUCCUCUUCUCCACCCCGCAGCCGCUCGAGCUGGUGCUACCGCUAGUGCCAUUAGCCCCAUUAGUCCUAUUGGCAAGGAGCGUGAGCGUGGUGGCAUGGAGCGUCAUGUGUCAAGCGGUAGCAUCAGCUCAUCUAUGAACGGCCGAUUCACUACCCCCAUUAAUGAAGACGACGAAAUGUUUCACAUGGAGGGCAUGGAGGAAGACGGCGAGCCUUCUAUCAAGUCACCUAAGAGGACAUCAGCUGGCUUGGCCAACGUCUGGAGUAGCUAUGCUGGUGCUGUCGCCGGCAAGCCCUCCACCAAUGGAACCAAGGGAGUUCCAGUCAGCGGCCGAUAAACGACCAGGCUGAAGGCGGAGGAUAGCGUCUUUGAACAACUGGUUUCAGUUUUAUCAGCCAAGCGUCGGAGUUGGUAGCUUAGACAAAAAAAAAAGUAGGUGACGAGUUGAUGAGCCAUGAUCUUGAGCGGACAACACCACAAUCGCUACGACAUACUGCAUUUCGCCAACAAGCUUUGCACUUGAGUGGAACGGACGAAAGAAAAAUAUGAGGAUGCAUGGCAAUUUAUUAUGGCCAAGAUCAAAAGGAUAUAGGAUACACGGCCAGGAGUUUUGACAUUUUCUGUUUUCAUAUAUUGCUUGAUAAUCGCUAUCAUAUCAUGAACUGCUUCGGAAGGCGGACGGAAUCUGAUUUUUGCCCACUCAGUUUUCAGGCUUGAUGAGGGUGGCAAGCAAAGCUGACUUAUAGUUGCUAGAUGCACAGUUGGGUCUGUUUGCUUGGUAUCUUCAUCUUGGGCAUGGUGUUUUGGGGAGGUUCGGAUCUACAAAAACAAUUGCAAAUGGGGGUCAAGACCUCGUUAGAUAUAUCGAGGCAAAUCAUGUAUGAAAAUAGCUGCAUGUAUGGGAGGAUGCAUAAUGAACAUAACAUGUUCACCAGGCCUGUUGGCACUGGAUUCACUUGGUACCUAGCCAUUGGCGGUGAUGUAAUGUUGAUUCUCGGCAGAUCUUUGUGUCUAGACUACGUGAUAAUGAGGCCUGCGUACUAGUCAUGCUCCAUGGUGGGGAUAU